AUGCAUCUUCUCGGCUUCCUCAAUGCAUUCGACAAUGUCUACAACUUUGAUCCGGACAAAGACAUCCAGGAUCUCGCAGGAAAGGUGAUCGUCGUGACAGGAGGAAAUAGUGGGUGUGGUAAAGAGAUGGUCCUGCAACUGGCAAAGCAUCACCCGCAGCGGAUCUACUUGGCCGCUAGAUCGCAAGCCAAGUAUGACGACGCCAUGAAGGACAUCACUGCGGCAGCACCCAGCGCGAGUGUCAAGUUUCUGCAAUUGGACCUCUCUUCGUUGGCGUCUGUCAAGAGAGCAGCAGACCAAGUCCUCUCCGAAACCGACAGGCUCGACAUCCUGGUCAACAACGCCGGCAUCAUGGCGCACCCACACGGUCUCACGGAAGACGGCUAUGAGAUCCAAUUCGGGACCAAUCACAUGGGCCACGCUCUUUUGACCCGUCUCCUCCUCCCGCUCAUGCAAAAGACGGCAUCGCAACCGGGGUCGGACGUGCGCAUCAUCAACCUCUCGUCCAGUGGGCAUUUGAUGGCCUGGGGUGCGGGAAUCUAUUUCGAUCAAUUGAAAGCGACCACGCAGCCUUUCGACCCCACGAGGCUCUACUCGCAGUCGAAGCUCGCCAAUGUCUUGCACGCGAGGGAGCUCGCAAGACGGUACCCCGAGAUCAUCUCAGUAUCAAUCCACCCAGGCCGCGUGGAGACGAACCUGGCCAACGUCGUAUUCGACCAGAAUGGCUUUAGUGGUCGGUUCAUGAAAGUCUUCGACCACUUGGUUGGUCCGUUGACCGUACAGCAAGGCGCGUUGACACAACUCUGGGCGGCCACCUGGAAGAGGCAGGAGGUCAAGAACGGCGUGUAUUAUACUCCUGUCGGGAAAGAAAACAGUGGGUCCAAGCAGAGUCGGGACAGGGAACUGGCCAAGAAACUGUGGGAGUGGACAGAGUCUGAGCUGGACGCGAAGGGAUAUUGA